AUGUCAGAGUAUCUUGAUUUUGUUUGUGCAGUGUCUCGCAUAGAAGCUGACAGUGAGAGCCUUGAAAUGUACAUGUUGCUUGAUAUUAAUACUGAGAUUUAUCCCGUUAAGGAAAGUGAAAAGUUUGUUGUUCUUUUAACUCCUACAAUCAACAAAGAUGGUUCAACUGUCUCCGAGUAUUACUCUCAGAGCGGGAGAGAGACAAUAGCAGAUAAAUUUGAAUACAUCAUGUAUGGGAAGAUAUACAGGAUCCUAGAGGAGGGUUCGGGAGCAAAUAUCAAAGCGGAGAUAUAUGUUUCGUUUAGUGGGCUUUUGAUGAUGCUGAAAGGAAAUCCUUCAAUUGUCUCAGACUUUCAGCUUGAUCAGAAAGUAUUUCUCUGCAUGCGGAAGCUGUGA